AUGCCACUCUAUCUCACCGCGGCCCACUCUUCUCGAGUCUCGAAAUCGGGACAGAAUUCCGCAACUAGCCGACGUAACUCCGCCUCGCCUUUUUCGACUGCUCCACGUAAGAAGUCAUCGAUUCAAAGGACAAAAUCCCUAUCUGCCGUUCUUGAGGAUGAGCUUGACGAUGAUGAGGAUGACACCCUAGUCCCGACUGGCAAAAUCCUGUCCGUCCUCAAAAUCGAUGAGGCCACCGACGUGACAAGUGCAAUACACUAUGGCCGCAGCUCAAUGUUCGCGCCUAUUCCAGAGCGUGCAGGCAUGAACAGUGUACGCAUCGCCGAAGUCCUCAACUUUCAGAGGAAUCUGCCUUCGAUUGUCUCACUGGCCCAUGUCCACGCUCUUCUUGCAGCCUCGUCCAAGACUGAACGAGAGAUUGCUGCACUACAGUCCACUGGUAAGAUUCGCAAGGUCAAAGUGGUUGGUCGAGGCAACGACAUCAGUGGUGCCAGUGAAGUUCUGAUCACUACAGAUGACUUGCACGCCCUUCUGCAUAGGAGUGCUAUCUCAGCAGAUGUUGUAACAUACUUCUGCAACGUACUUCAGCGUUAUCCGCGAGCCACGUCCAUUCCGGCCCGAGACAUGGACGGAUCAUCUGCUACCGAAUUAACCCGGACGGGAUUCCUCGUUUCCUCCUCACUUUCCGGUUCUCGAAAUCUGUCGUUAGCCGGCUCAAGCCUGGUUGCCAUACCCAGAAUCUCGCGUGCAGCAUCUGGAACCUCUAGUGCAGUAGGAGGAGAUGCAGCCUUUGAAGAAUUGGGUGGAGUCGGUUCUGCACGGCGGCCCAAAGCCCGCGGCAGUGACCACACACCUCACAACCAAGCUGGCGAAUUCGCUCUCUCUGUGCCAAACAUCGGCCCCUAUUUGAGACUCCUCAGUGCUGGCCGCAUGCAUCUCCUAGAACUCCUGGGCAAGUCAAAAUACAAAGAGGCUCCUCUAUACCUUCUCCGCGAGCGUUGGGACGGCGCAGUCGAUACCGACACUCGCGUAUCCGCUGCUAAGCGAAUGCGUGGAGAAUUCUCGGCUGUCAUGCCCUCCAAGACCAAGAAGUGGAAGGAUCUGUACGGACUCAACUUUGAUUGGGCCCUUGAAGAGUGCCUGGGUGCAGGACUGAUCGAGCUGUUUGAGACGCGGAGUGUUGGCUUGGGCGUCCGUGCAUUGGGCUGA